AUGGAAAACGUGACGGCCACGAUGAGCGCCGUGCAGCUCACGGACGACGACGACGCAGCAGCCGCCACCGCCGCCGCCAAGAAGUUUGCGCGUCGUGACCACCUCAUCGACAUCGAGCACCAGGUGCUGGCCAAGUGGGACGCGGCGAAACUCUUUGAAUCGGACGCAGACUCGAGGCCAGCGACAGCCACGAAGAAGAACAAGUACCUCGUGACGUUCCCGUACCCGUAUAUGAACGGCUACUUGCACGUCGGGCACCUGUUUACGCUGUUAAAAGUCGAGUUUGCCGCCCGGUACCACCGUCUCCAGGGCGAGAACGUGCUGUUCCCCUUUGCCUUCCACUGCACGGGCAUGCCCAUCCAAGCGGCAGCGAACAAACUCAAGCGCGAGCUCGAGACGUUUGGGAAUCCACCGGACUUUUCCCGUGCAUUACUGAAGCCUAAUGACCAAGACAAGGACGAGGCGAAGUCGGAGACUGUUGAUGCAGGGAAGAAGAGCAUGGAAGGAUCGUUGAACAAGGCACAUGGCAAGAAGUCCAAGGCCGCAGCCAAGACGGGCGGCGUCGUGCAUCAGUACGACAUCCUCAAGAUGUCGCACAUUCCCGAAGACGAGAUCCCCAAGUUCCAUGAUCCGCUCUAUUGGCUCCAGUACUUUCCACCCCAUGCAAUUGCUGACCUCAAGCGCUUCGGCAUGAACAUUGACUGGCGUCGGUCGUUUAUUACGACAGACGUGAACCCGUUUUAUAAUGCGUUUGUCGAGUGGCAGCUGAAUAAACUCAAUGACCACGGUCGUGUCGUGCGUGGCAAACGUCCGAAUGUCUACUCCAUUUUGGAUGGACAGAGCUGCGCAGAUCACGAUCGUGCGUCGGGUGAAGGUGUGGGGCCGCAAGAAUACACGCUUGCCAAGCUGCGUGUGAAGGAGCCGCUGCCAGAGAAGUUUGCUGCACUUGCUGGCAAGAAGGUAUACUUGGCUGCUGCGACGCUGCGUCCUGAGACGCUGUACGGACAGACGAACUGCUUUGUGCUACCUGAAGGCGCUUAUGGCGCUUUCCUCAUUAACGAUGACAAUGACGUGUUUGUGAUGAGCCGUCGUGCGGCACGCAACCUGGCUCACCAGGAAUACUCGCGUGUAUGGGGGAAAGAAGAAUGCUUGCUUGAGGUGAAAGGCUCGGACCUACUGGGUUUGCCGCUGGCAUCGCCUAACGCACCAUACGAUACGAUCUACACGUUACCGCUUCUCACCAUUUCGAUGAGCAAGGGUACUGGUGUAGUCAUGAGUGUGCCGUCCGACUCGCCAGACGACUACGCCGCGUUUCGUGACUUGAAGCAGAAGCCUGCCUUGCGCGAAAAGUACGGCAUUGAAGACUAUAUGGUGCUGCCCUACGAGCCGGUUCCCAUCAUCGAGAUCCCGGGGUUCGGCGAUAUGGCUGCUGAAAAGGUUUGCCAUGACCUCAAGAUUGUUUCGCAGAAUGACAAGGACAAGCUGGCUAAGGCUAAGGAGCUUGUGUACCUCAAGGGUUUCUACGAGGGCAUCCUCAUUGUGGGCUCGCAGAAAGGUCAGAAGGUGUGUGACGCCAAGGCCAUCAUGCGCCAGGAACUGAUUGACGCUGGCAAUGGCGUUCCGUACUGGGAGCCCGAGUCACUCGUGAUGUCACGUAGUGGUGACGAGUGUGUGGUUGCUCAUCUGGACCAGUGGUACUUGACCUAUGGCGCCGAAGACUGGAAAAAGCGCGUCAUGGAUCACAUUAGCGACCCAAAGCUCUUCGAUGCGUACAACCCGGUGGCACUUGGUGAGUACAAGUCUACUCUUGGGUGGCUGAAAGAGUGGGCACCGUGCCGUCAGUCUGGUCUCGGCACGCGUCUUCCGUGGGACCCCGAGUUUGUUGUGGAGUCUCUUACGGACUCGACCAUCUACAUGGCCUACUAUACCAUCGCGCACCACUUGCAGGCCAACCUGGAUGGCUCGGAGCUGGGUCCACACGGCAUCAGACCUGAGCAGAUGACGAAGGAAGUGUUUGACUUUAUUUUCUUGAAAGCCUCACCACCUACCGAGAGUGCGAUCCCGCUGGCCGUGCUGAAGCAAAUCCGCGACGAGUUUGAGUACUGGUACCCUGUCGAUGUGCGCGCGUCCGGCAAGGAUUUGAUUCGCAACCACUUGACCAUGUGCCUGUACAAUCACGCUGAGAUUUGGCGUGAUGACCCGUCAAAGUGGCCGCGCGGCUUUUUUACGAAUGGACAUGUGCAGGUGGAUGGCAAGAAAAUGUCCAAGUCCAUGGGAAACUUCCUUACGCUUAAAGACUGCGCUGUCGAGUUCGGUGCCGAUGCCACUCGUUUCGCUUGUGCUGAUGCUGGUGAUGGCAUGGACGAUGCUAACUACGCGUUGGACACAUGCCGCAUGGCGAUCCUGCGUCUGACUACCGAGGAAGAGUGGAUUAAGCGGAUCGUGGAUGAUAAGGCGUCGUUGCGCCGUGGUGAGCUCAACUUCAACGACAAGGUCUUUUUGAACCAAAUGAACGACCACAUCAAGCAGACGGCGUCGUUUUAUGAUCGCCUGCUGUGGCGCGAAGGCCUUCACUCGGGCUUCUUCGAGUUCCAGAUCGCUCGCGACUCAUACCGCGACAUAUGCACCCGGAGUGAGGUACCGAUGCACCAUGACGUUAUCAUGCGAUUCAUCGAGUCUCAGCUCGUCAUCUUUUCUCCUAUUUGCCCGCAUUUCUGCGAAUACAUGUGGACCGCAAUCGGCAACCAAGGCUUCGUGUCGGUGGCUCCUUGGCCCGUGACGGAGGAAGUCGACCACGCGCUGCUGCGUGCGGGUGAUUUUCUGAACAAAAUCACCCGCAGCUUCCGUGAAGUGCUCACAAAAAGUAGCAGCAAGACGAAGGGAAAGAAGGGGGCUGUUUCGGCUACGCCGGCCAAGAAGCCUACCCAUGCGCAUGUGUAUCUGACAACGGAGUUCCCAGAGUGGCAGCAGAAGGUGCUCGUGUUUAUGGACGGUCUUUUCGAUGACGCGACGAAGCAGUUUCCUGCUGACUUUAUGAAGCAGCUUAAGGGUGAAAUUACCAGGGACGACUCGCUGAAGAAGCUCACGAAGAACGUGAUGCAGUUUGCUGCGUUCGUCAAGGCGGAAGCUGAGCUGCGUGGUCGUGAGGCGCUGGAGCUGAGGAUGCCGUACGACCAGAAGAGCGUGCUUGCCUCUAACAAGUUGUAUCUCUGCCGAUCGCUAGAGCUUCAGGACAUUGAUUUCUAUUACCUGGGCGAAGAGAUCCCGCCGAAUGCAGAGACAAGGAAAAUGGAGACGGCAUCACCGGGUAAGCCUGCCAUCUACGUCUUUGCUCCGUAA